AUGGCCAAGGGAAAAGUUUGCCUCGCCUACUCCGGUGGUCUCGACACCAGCUGCAUCCUCAAGUACCUGAUUGAGGAGGGUUAUGAGGUCGUCUGUUUCAUGGCCGAUGUUGGUCAGGAAGAGGACUUUGAGGCUGCCCGCGAGAAGGCCCUGAAGUGUGGCGCUCUCAAGUGCGAGAUCGUCGACAUCCGCCGUGAAUUCAUUGAGGAGCUUUGCUUCCCCGCCAUUGCCUGCAACGCCGUCUACGAGAAUGUUUACCUGCUCGGAACCUCUCUUGCUCGCCCCGUGAUUGCUCGCGCUCAGAUUGCCGUCGCUCAGCGCGAGGGCUGCUUCGCCGUCUCCCACGGCUGCACCGGCAAGGGCAACGACCAGGUCCGCUUUGAGCUUGCUUUCUACGCCCUUCAGCCCAACAUCAAGGUCAUCGCCCCCUGGCGCGACCCCGUUUUCUACGAGCGUUUUGCCGGUCGUAACGAUCUCCUGGCCUACGCCGCCGAGAAGGGCAUCCCGGUCACCUCCACCAAGUCCAAGCCCUGGAGCAUGGAUGAGAACCUGGCCCACUGCUCAUACGAGCUGACCCAGGAUCCCCUGUCCGCCCCCGACCAACCCGAAGACUUCACCAUCUACUUCGAGAAGGGUAUUCCCGUCAAGCUUGAGUUCACCGAGAACGGCCAGAAGAAGUCCGUCACCGACUCUGUUGAUGUUUUCCUGACCGCCAACGCUAUUGCCCGCCGCAACGGUGUCGGCCGCAUUGACAUCGUCGAGAACCGUUUCAUUGGCAUCAAGUCCCGUGGCUGCUACGAGACCCCCGGCCUCACCUGCCUGCGCGCUGCUCACAUCGACCUCGAGGGUCUUGUUAUGGACCGUGAAGUCCGAGCCCUGCGUGAUUCGUUCGUCACCUUCAACUACUCCAAGCUCCUGUAUAACGGCAUGUACUUCUCUCCCGAGCGUGAGUUCCUGGAGUCUUCCAUCACCGCUUCCCAGAAGUCCGUCAAUGGCCAGGUCCGCUGCCGUGCCUACAAGGGCAGCGUCUCUGUCCUUGGCCGCUCCUCCGAGACCGAGAAGCUGUACGACAUGACCGAAUCCAGCAUGGACGAGAUUGGUGACUUCUCUCCUGCUGAAACCACUGGCUUCAUCAAUGUCUCUGCCAUCCGCCUGAAGAAGUACGGACAGAUGAAGGCUGCCGCCGGCGAGAAGCUUUAA